AUGCCAUUAACAGGACGCGGUGGUUACGGCAACUAUGUUGCCAAGUCAAAGAAACCCGGUUCAUCGGAGCAUGAACUCGAGUCGGUACCAAGCACACCUGCUCCUAUUCAAACCUUCUCGUCGCCAACACAGACGUUUCGAGCAGGUCGAGGAGGCUGGGGUAACAAUAUCCCUAUUGAAAGAAUGAGAACACUGUCACCAACGGAAUACCUGGAAGAAGCACACAAGGCCUUGGAUGUCGAGCCGGAGUCCUACUCAGUCGGUCGUGGCGGUGCCGGUAAUAUCAUGGACCGCAACAGAAAGAACCAACUGCAACCCAUGUUCUCUGGUUCAUCUACUGAAUCUGAAAAUGCCGAGAAUACCCGACGAAGACGAUUCAGCCCGUUCAGACAAACAAGCCCUCGUGUGCCACCAUCACCCCCGCACAGUCCGGUGCUGCUGUCACCGGUAUCAUCCAUGCCACCUGCUACCAAAUUCAACAAUGACUUACAACCCACAUUCUCGUCCAGUUUAUGGUCCAAGCUAAAGACGACGCUCUCGAACUGA